AUGUUCCAUUUUCGAUCCCACAUACUCUGGUGGAUUGCGGCAUGUUGUCUUGUUGUCUUUAUUUUUUUCCAACUGCCUACAUCACCAUCAUCGCCCGACCCCAUUGACUUGGAAGAACACAUUGAGUAUGAAGACACUACACAAAUGACCGACUAUGCUUUACUAGAUCGGCUUUUAUCUCCUGAGGGAACUUCCAGUGAUUUGGACGCCGGUACGGCCUCUCCAUGGAAACCCAACCAUGACACACAACUGAGAUACCAAUCGUUAUCCCGCCAAUUGACGAUGCAUCCGUCGACGGUUCAGGGCCAUACUUAUACAGAACUGAAACAACUUGCGAAUAAUGUGCCUUUGGUCGAUACACCUUCCAUCACCGUAUUAAUACGUGGCGAUGAGGAUAGUGACCGGGUAGAAGCGCAAGUCCGAUCAGUUUUAUCCCAGUCGAUCGUCCCUGAACAAAUCUGGGUCACCACACGACAUAAAAAUACGCUGCAGAACCGUUUCAAGAAUCAAAACAUUAAUAUUAUGGAACGCAGUGAUGAUCAAUCAUGGAUUCAUCUGCUUCAGUUUGUGAACACGGAUUACGUCUGGAUUUUGCAAGAUGCGGUUCCGGAGCGCCAGUACUUGGAAUGGAUCCUUCGUCUUUCUUUGACCGAUGAAUACGGUGACGCUUUGAUUGGAACAGAAACUGCUCGGUUGCGCAAUCAGACCCACACCAUCAAUGUUCGACAAGCCAUGCAGCAGGACGAAUUAAAUCAAAUGUCACAAGCGGUGGAUAUGGUCAAUGAUGCGUGGUUAUUGCGUCGAUCGUGGAUUUCAACCAUCAUAAGCGCCAACGCUCGGCAACCACGAUCCUUACCUCGCGCGCUAACCGGUUACAUGAUCAGUCACACGUUAUAUUACGAAGCAAGUGUGCCUUGCAUUGGACUUCCUGUUCCUUCCGAGGAUAAAACAGUCGAUAGUGCUCAGCCAAUCGAAGCAUCGAAACAGCAAAUACUUGCUGUCAAUGCCGCUCUUCAGGAUCCAAUCCACCGAUUUGCGUAUCAAAGUCGAGUGGACGCUGCUAUGGCAUCCGCGUUAUUCGUCAUCGACGGUGUCGAGCAACAGAAGCAAAUAGUUCCUUUGCUGUGCCAGUUUCAAAACAAACAUGCAAAUGUGCACGCGGUGGUUACAGGAGUUCACCGUGGGUUAUCAGGUACCGACUUUUCCGCUUUCCUUCGAGACGAAUCUCCAGCAUGCAAUGUAUCUAUUCACGAUCUUCGCAUUGAUUUUGGACGAGAGGCGGGGUUACCGGCGGACGAGACAUGGACCUCUUCCAAUCAGGUGUUACAUCGCCUGCAACGAUUAAUUAACUGGGUUCAACCGCGUGUCAUGAUUCACGUACAGCAACAGACCGAUCCCAUUUUGGCGAGCAUUAUAAAUGCAGGCACCAUUACGCAAACUGUCACCAUUGGUUUGCCGGCGCGUGAUGUGGCCCACGUGAUGUGGAUGGCCGAUCUCCCACUGGUCUCCCUAGAACAAUGGCACAAGAUGACUGUCAAACUGAUGGUGACGACUGAUCGGAAACCGCAUUCGUUGGCACGGUUAUUGCGAUCAGCGGUCAGUGCACACUAUCUUGGGGAUACUGUGGAUCUAUCGAUUAUUAUGGAACAAUCGACGGAUCGUGUGACACAAACAUUUGCAAAUAGCGUGCCCUGGCCGCAUGGACAGAAAAAUUUGCGUCACCGUAUCGUAAAGGUCCAUCCUAUGCCGCUGUUUGCUGAAGCCUGGUAUCCGGCCACCAACGACGAAUAUGCGGUCAUUUUGAACGAUCAAUUGGAACUGUCGGAACUCUUUUAUGUAUGGAUCAAGUAUACCCUAUUAAGAUAUCGCUAUGCACCUGCACCACGACCGGCAGAAACGAACUACAUGUUUGGUGUCAGUCUUUAUGCACCUCGAUUGAUGGAAAACGAUCCCAGUGGGCGGCAAUUGUUUGAUGCAGCCAGCUUGAUGGAAGCGUACCAGUACAACCGUUCGUCGCCUUACUUGAUGCAGACGCCCAGUAGCUCCGGGGCAUUAUUCUUUCCUGAGCAUUGGCGCGAGUUUCAUGAUUACAUUACGGCACGUCUUGCCGAUCAAGCGAAAAAACAAUUACAAAAUGUGACCGUGCCCAAUGCGCGCUCGAGCCAGUGGACCAACGCCUGGCGGCGCUAUUUCGACGAAUUGGUGUAUAUGCGGGCCUAUGUCAUGCUCUAUCCCAAUUACGGAUUUAGUUUUUCUACAAAUCAUUUGGAACUCGGGAAUCAUGUGAUUGAUGAUUACGCACAAGCAGCCGCUCUGUACCGUGUGCCGCUGAUGAAAGCCGAUGUGAUGGCAUCUUUACCUGCCGUUGAGAACUUGCCCGUAUUGGAUCUGUGGGGUCGUGUUACUUCAAUGGAUACCCUGAAAGAUCGAGGACUCGAGCUUCAACGGGAAGUGUCCGCUUGUCCUCCGCGUUCACUGGACGAGCAUGUGUAUGAUCCUUCGGAUUUAUUGUGUCCGUUUGCGCAAUUAGUCCCUGUUACUGUAUUGUCAGAAGAUGAAAUUGUACCUGAUCUCCCUACCAAAGUAGUCACCAUCUAUGUCACUCACACUCCGAAUGCAUGA